UUCGGAAGCAGUAUCGUCACCAUCCCAUCGCCGGCGGCAACUUGAAGCUUUGCUCCCGUCUUCGUUCUACAACCUGAGUCCAUUGAUCCGCCCGACCAGUGAGCCACAUCUCCGUAUAUAUGGUCGUUCACUUUUCUCAAUACAUGAAAUCAGUCACUUGAAGCGAGUUCCAAAUUUAUAGCAUUCAAGAUCAAAGUCAUGGACUUCGAUGAUGACAUACCGACAUUGAUCGAGCACGAAGAUAAACAGCUCAUGCCUGAUUCUGCCUCGACUGGUCGAGUACCAUGCACAAUCAUCAGUGGCUUUCUUGGGGCGGGGAAAUCCACCCUGCUGAGGCGUAUUCUAACGGAGCAUCACGGGUAUCGAAUAGCCGUGAUCAUGAAUGAAUUUGGCGAUACAUCAAGCAUCGAAGCUAAAACCAUUAAUAUCUCUUCGGAAGAUGACCCGACAGCAGAGAAGUCACAGGAGCUCCUUGAGUUGGCAAAUGGAUGUCUAUGCUGUUCUAUCAAAGACGCUGGCGUAGCUGCUAUUGAGAAACUUAUGCAAAGGAAAGGCGCCUUUGACCAUAUUCUACUAGAAACUACUGGCCUUGCUGAUCCUGGCCCUAUAGCUUCUAUGUUCUGGCUUAAUGAAGAGUAUGCCACUGGUUUAGGUCGACAGAUUUCCUUGGAUGGCGUCAUUUGCGUCGUCGACGCUGUCUUUGGUCAACAGCAAAUGGAAGAAGAUCAUUCUGUCGACGGCGUUGGAGAAAGCCUCAGACAAAUAGCAUGCUCCGAUGUUAUUUUGCUGAACAAAGUCGACCUGACAUCGGAAGAGCAAUUGCGCUCGAUUGAAGAGCUCAUACAAAGGGUCAAUCCCUCCGCUCCAAUUCACCGAACUAUCCGCGGCCAAAUCGAUCUAGCGCAUAUAAUGAACAUCAAUGCAUACGCAGGGGGGGCAAAAGGGUUGCAAUCUGCACAACACCCACGUGGUGACAAUGACAACCAUGACCACGCAGGACACACCGUCUCCUCUAAGCACUACGAAUUGCGUGGUAUAUCUAGUCUACAGGUUACUCUUCCUACGUUAACCCGCCAUCGUCUCCAAGAACUAGACGAGUGGAUACGUACGGUUCUGUGGGAGAACCGAAUCCCGGACAAUUACCAUCAGACUGGACUAUCUGAACUCAAGGUUCUUCGUUGUAAGGGUCUUUUCGUGAUGGAAUCCGGGGAGCAGUACGUUCUACAGGGCGUGCAGAGUAUGUAUGACCUAUCCUUAGUAGAAGGGGAUGUUACAGGUAUUCCCGAUUCAGGGAAGUUGGUAUUGAUCGGGAAGGGUUUAGAUGACUCUGUUAGGCAGAGCCUCAAGAAAUUAUUAGUGUAGGGAGCUCAGUUUGUUACAUAUAUGCUUGGAAGACAACUUGGCAUUGGAGCGCUUCGCGAUUUCCUUAUCCGGAAACUCGCUUCCGAUGGUUCACCGGCCCGGGC